GGGCGCCAAGCACGCUCAUCACUUCAGCGGAGAUCACGCGCACGUGCUCAACGGCUCCUGAAGUUUGAAUUCGCUGACGCACGCGGCGACCGUUAGUGCCGUAACCGAAACUUCAGGGAACGAGGAUUUCUCAGGAGCUGUUUCAGACUGAGCUGCUUUUAUCGUAAACUGUCCGAGGAUGCGCUUGACGGUGUUUUCUGUGAGCGCCCUGCUCGUCGUGUCGCUGCUGGAGCGAGUGAGUGGACUUCAAACCAUAGUUGGCAAGUACGGGGAGACUGUUGAGGUGCCUUGCAACAAAGGGAAUGCCAAGGCAGAGGACAUCUUCAUAACCAAAUGGAAAUAUACCAAAGCAGACAGCAGCACUGGUGACUUGCUGGUGAAAUCAGGGGGUCAGAAUGCCAUAGCCUCCUCAGAUGUGGAUUACCUUGGCAGAGUAAACCUGACAAAGGACCUCAGUCUGCGCAUUGCCCAGGCAAAACUGUCUGAUCAGAAGAUUUUCACUUGUAUGGUGGUCAUAGGCACAGACAUCUUCGAGUACCCUGUUCAAGUGAAAAUUGAAAAGGCACCCUCUGCUCCUACGAUCACCAAUCAAGCCACAAAAAUGGAAAUGGGAAAACUAACAACACUGGGAGAGUGUUCAACUAAGGAUGCCAACCCUGCAGCUAACAUUAUAUGGCUCAAGAACAACAUUCCACUUGUAGCUGAUGAGAAAGUGAUCAAGCUUACCACAGAUGUGCAGACAGACAAAACAACCGGCCUCUUGUCUACCUUUUCCAAACUUGAGUAUGCUGCUGUGAAAGAAGACCUGAAUGCCAAGUUUGCCUGUGCUGUCCAGCAUAAGAGCCUGGCUUCAGACCUAGUGUCUGCUCCUGUGACCUUUGUCAUUAACUACCCCACUGAGAAGGUCAGCCUUCAGGUCAUUUCUGCAGACCCGAUCAAGGAGGGAGACAAUGUGACCUUGAAAUGUAAAGCUGAUGGGAAUCCACCUCCCUCCAGCUACAGCUUCCACAUCAAGGGGAAGAAGGUGAAAAUAGAGAAUUCAGACAUGUACACGCUGACCAGUGUCACGCGGGCCAGUACUGGAGAAUACAAGUGCUCCCUGGUGGACAAUGAUACAAUUGCAAACUCUGCGAAUAUCACAGUUAUGUAUCUGGACAUCAACAUGACGAGAGGAAAGAUUGUUAAACAUUUAGAUGAGAGCUUUGAGGCAACAUCAACGGUCAAUGCGGCUGGAGUUCCACAAGUCUCCUGGUCAAAGAACAAUGCCAAACUGAAUGCUCCACCAAAGUUUGACAAACUGAAGUACUCAGAUUCUGGAGUGUACGAGUGUGUGGUUUCUAUGGCGGGAAUCGUCAGAAAAGCCUCAUUUGAGCUGAUAGUUCAAGGUGCCCCAGUGAUCAACAAGCUGACCAAACGGCGCAGUAAUGACGGCAAUUUCAAGGUUCUCAGCUGCGAGGCUGAAGGCUCUCCCAAACCCACCGUGCAGUGGAGCAUUAAUGGCACUAAUGCUACCGAGACUCCAUAUGUGGAAGGGAGGAUCACACACAGAAUCACCAUCAUUCCAACAGUCAAUCUCACAGUCAACUGCACAGUUUAUAAUGAUCUAGGUCAGGCCUCAAAGAGCCUUGACGUGUCGACUCUAUUUGAGGAGGUGACAAUGGACAAACGAGAGGACUCUAGUGACCAGACUCGAGUGGCAGUGGGGGUCGUCAUAGGCGUGAUCCUGGCGGCUGUGGCUAUUGGCCUGAUUUACUGGAUAUACAUGAAGAGAACCAGGCAAGGCACAUGGAAAACCGGAGAAAAAGAGGACGGCACACUGGAGGAAAGCAAAAAGCUAGAGGAAAAUCAGAGUCAAAAAGCAGAGGUGUAAAACCAAAGCAUCAUUUCUCGGAGAGGAGGCAGUGUUGUAGCAAACUGUAUUACAAUCAGUGCAAAUGUGCGGAAAGCUGAUAGUAGGCCAUCACAUUUGGCUGAUGGACCAUUGUCUGAACCGAUGUUUAUAAUGUACGUCUCUAUCCUCGUGCCAAGAGGAAGACCUUAUAAACCAUGUUUGUUGUAUAGUUGUGAAUCUUCUGCACUGAGGAUUACCUGUAUAAUGUACCUGUUUGAAAACCUGUGUAUGUUAAAUGUUAAUCAUGUUGCUGUUCAUAUUUUUGAUUGUUUUUUAAAAGCAGAUUCCAUUUGUUUAGCCCAGUUUACCUCAUAUGUAAGCCUUUGAACUGUGACUCUGUUUGAACUUUGGAAGAAGAGGUGUUAGAUCUCUGUCUGCUGAGUUUUUUCCUCUUCUUUUCUAUGCUUUACUAAUGUAAAUCAGAUCACGCACAGUAUCUAACUAACUUCUACAGUUAAUAGUUGUUUUUUUGUUUGUUUGCAGUCUGUUGAGCACUUGGUUAGGUUUCAGUUAUGUCUUGAUAAGCAUUGAUUACGUUGAUUGCAAAAUAAAACUUCUUGAAGUUAAAAUACGUGCAUGUGGAGGCAUGGAUCUGCAUUUUCCUGGGACUUUAAAACUAUAGGCUACCUGAUGGAACUAAACUCUGAAUUCUGAAUAAAGGAAAUUACAUGUAGAUAACAAGACAGCAAUCAGGAUUAAUGUAAAUGUUUAAUGCUUUGUGUUGGAUGUUUGGGCAGCCUUGAAUCUGAAUUUAUUAUUUAGGUUAUGCACAGAUAUGGCAAUUGCAGAUGCCCCAUGUACAUGUCUGGCAAUACAGAUACAUAAACAUAAAUCCAUCUGGAUUACAGAAAAAUUUGACACAGAGGUUACAAAUGCAAAAAUAUAAAAUGAGUAAGAUCACAGCAGCCUCUCAAGUAUGUGUUUUAAAUACCAGUCAAAUUGAAACAUUUAUUUGAUGCCAGUAUUUCUUGAGGCAAAUAUCUGCCUCAAAUAGAGAUGUAAAUGUGAUUCUGAUACCAUUGUGCAUCCCUAAGUUGAAUGUGGAACCGUAUACAUACCGGGUCCUUAUAUGUUUGUUGUUUGUUUGAUUUUUGUUGUUUUUUUGGGGGGGUGGGAUUCUGUUUUACUGGUUCAGCUUCCCACUCCACUUUUAGAUGAGUAUGUGGACUCAGUAAACAGGCUUGAGGUUAAUUCUGCAUUUGUAAUCACAGUAAUGGCAACUGCUGGUUUCUCUGGCUCAGCAAACGUUAAAGCCACCCGGAAUGCCGCUACAUUUGUAAUUCACUGCUGGUCUGAACUUGCGGAAUUGAACGGCAGAAUGAUUUGAUGUGUGAACUAUAUAACCUUCCUGUUUACUUGAGCUUUUGUUUAAAAACCUAAUGUGAAUACAUAUGAGUUAAAACUGUAAAUGUGUUUGAACCACACCACAGUAGCGGUACGAAAUAUCACCUAAUACUCUGUGUCUGAUUAUUUGCUGUUCUCGUGCAGCCGAAUUGAAACUAAUCCCGUACGAAUGCUUUAAAGCUGUAAAUAUUGCUGAAGUUUUGUUAUUUUUGUGUUCUAUUUAUAUUGUUAAAGGUUAGGCACAGUUGGUUUUGUCAUCUUGUUGAUUUAAUAAAUUUCUCCAAAAAAUAUACCUGCUAUUGAAGGUUUGCUCUUGCAGGCAUUAAAAAUGUGAUGCUCUCUUCUGCCUGUAUGCUGAUGCUUUGUAUGCCAGGAUCCAUUUCUUGUUUCUUUUCUAUUUGCAUUUAAGCCACCAGUGAGACCAAAGAGAGCGACUGUAGCCAUGCAAGCAUUGUAAAUACUGACCGUUGUGUUUUGUUUUUGUUUUUUUUUGUACCUUUGUUCAAAUAAAGUAUACAUUUUAGAAAAACA